AUGGCGAAAAUUGUGCGCAACUUUGUGCUGCUGCUUUGUGGCACCGUAAUUGGGUGUUGGGCCCAAACGGAUAACAUUGAACGGCCACUCGUACGGGGUGAAUAUCCGUCGAUCGUAUAUGUAAGCACCCCCCGAGAUCAGCAGUGCAUUGGAGUUGUGAUCAAUGCGCACCACGUCCUGACAUCCGCUACCUGCGUUAUGACGAACCAGGCGGCCAGCAUUUAUCCGGCCCGAUUAGUGCAAGUGUUUGGAGGCGAUCUAGAAGCAACCAGCCCAACCAACAAUCGACAGACCCGAACGGCCCAGCACAUCUUCGUACAUGAACAUUUUCGUGUGCGUCAAAAUGACAACAACGCUGCCAUUAUUCGCCUUGCUGAACCCUUCCAUCUGCCGAGCAAUGCCAUCGAGGAGGCCCAAAUCCGAAUGCGUAUCGUACCACAAGCUCAUCAAUGUGACGUUGUUAGGGUAGAAGCAGCAGGGAACAGAUUGUUACAAGCGUAUGGUGUGACCAUUAGCAAUAGAAAUCUUUGUGACAGUUGUUGUCUUCAGCUUUUCACACAGGACGCAUCCUUAUGCACCGAAAACAUAACAAACGAAAGCCUCAACCUCUUGCAGGGUGAUGCAAUGUUUUGUGACGGCGAGUUGACAGCUCUAGGAGCUUUCACAGUUACUGGAACAACAACACGAUUUUUUCAUUUCACGCAGGUUAGAUACUUAACACACUGGAUAAACGAACAGCUGAAUCGCGAAAACCCAAUGCCGGUAGGAUGGAAUCCAAACGAAUUCUGA